AUGAUGAACGGUUUCUACAAAAAAAAAAAAAAAGUGGACGCCGCCGACGGAUGUGGUCGUCAGCAACAGCGAAUACGAUCAACGGGGCCGCCCACAACGAGAGCACAUCGUGGCAUGGUACCGACAUGCGAUCAAUCGAUUGAGGUUCACACCAAUAGCUCAACCGGUGGCGGCAGUACGAAUCAACGGGCCUCCCCGAGUCAGCCCCACCACGCUGCUCGAGUCGAUCCUGCCCCAUCCGAUCGACCCGCCGCAGCGCCUUCCGAGACCGGCUCUCCCAGACCAAUCAACACAAUACAACUUGCUCAGCAUGGAUCGGCCAUACACCAUCCGUCGCGUCCGCCGAGUCUUGAAUGCAAAGGCCUUCACCGACACGAUCGGUUUCAGGGACUCGCUGCAGCCCGACGAUCUCAAGGGAUUCUGGAAGGGGGUCAACUCGAAGGCAUUGACGGCGAGGGAACGCGAGGUGUGGUUCAAGCUCGUCAGGAACUUCACCCCGACUCGGAGUCUGCAGUUUCAUCAAAAGCACGACGACUCGCCCGCGUGCCUCGUCUGUGGAGCGCCCAAGGACGAUCGGGAGCACUACUUCUUCGACUGCGUUGACUCUAGGAACGUUUGGAUCGCGGCAAGGGGCGUGCUCUGCGACGCACUGGGGCUCGACACGAUCGACAACACGCAUUACACGGCCGUUCAACGCAUGUUCGGACUUCCGAAGCUCAAGGCCAGUCUGCGCGAUCAAGAAGGAGCGGGGAGGACGAUCGAAAUAUUCACCGGGCUGGUCUUGGAGAUGAUCAGCAGCGGGAGGUGGGGGAUGCAGAAGUGGGGGACGAGGAUGGAGGGUGUUGGGAGGAGGAGGAUCAUCUUGGAGGAGAGGUUGAAGCUGAGGGCGGGAGGAGCUUGGGGGAGGAGAGGGCAGUAG